GAAAAUCAUAAGCUAAUAACGUAUGUUUUUAGGAUCGUAAACUACACAUGCAAAAGCAGAGCAAGAUAAUCUGAAAACAAGUGUUGGGCCUCAAAUAUAUGUAAUACGCCAAAAAUAUGGAUCUGGAACUAAAAAAAGCUUUUACCGAGAUGCAGGUGAACAAGAUUGACUCCACGAAGAAGAUUCGUUUGCUUGAUAUGAAGACAGAGAGUUUAAAACUUUCGAAGCAACGAAUCGACGUCACCAACAAACACAUUUCAUUGCUCACACCUGACACUAAGGUGUACUCGUCGGUUGGCCGCAUGUAUGUGCUGAGCGACCUUCCUACGCUAUCUGAAGAAAUGAAAACCAAGCUUUCGUCGUAUGAGGAAAUGAUCUCUCAGUUCGAAAAAAAUAAAGAUUUUCUUAUUAAAACUCUAAAGGAUCAAGAAGAAAGUCUACGGGAACUGGUGCAACAAAAGAAGGCGGAAAGUGAAACCAAUGGAAAAUAAUGUAUACCAAUAA